UUUAGUUUCAUCAUGUGAACGCCUCGCCCAGUUGUUUUUUUCUCGCAAUAUUUAGCGUAUAAAAACUGAUCAUGUUCGAGCUUUUAUCCACAUCGGAGAAAACACUUGUUGUCGAUACAACAUUAGGAGAUAAAAAGAAGUCCUAUAGCCAAACGCCAUGAAAAAGGUAAGUUAUCAGUUAUGAAAUUGUUUGCGGUCAACUUAUGUCAAAGUCCUGCAGUACAUAGCCUUUGUAAAAUUUAAUUUAGACAGUGCCUCUGCUCAUAAGAUAAUUUAAAGUUAGAUUGUCUUCAUUAGAAGCGCUUUACAAGUCAACAGUUUGCAGAAUGCUUUUGUCAUAAAAGUACGACGUAGUAGAAAAUUGCAGUUUUUUUUUUUUUUUUGGCUUGCAAAUUGUGUGGAUGGGAUUGCUUGCAGCAAUGCCAUCACGAAUCAAGGUUUUGUUCGUCGGAAGAACGUUCCCUUUUGAUUGGCAUUGCUACAGGUUUAGACGUAGGAGCUAGCCAUGCCGUCCGACCUCGAUCCAUGGUGACCCCAAGCGAAGGGUCCGAAGGGAACGUGGUUGGCCACCGUCUACACGUAAAGUUAAUUUCGCGAUAUUAUAGUUUGUCCGACACCUAAUUUCCACUUUUAACACACUAUUCUCUUUUUCUUUAAGUAUUUCAUCAUCUCUAUCGCCUUGUUCCUGAUUGCCGCAGUGGUCUGCAAACCAACCAAACCAACCUUGAAAUCUCGAGCCAUCAAUGUGAACUUCUCUGCCAUUAAGAAACUAGGUGGAGCGAAGUGGACAUUGCGCAGUAGAAACAACUGGUACUUACAAAUAGCCAUGAAUGGCGAUGUCAGUGGAACUUCAAACUGUUCUUUACCAACAGUUAAAAUGGAGAUGUUUUCAGCCGGUCUAGCCGGCGUCAAGUUGAUAAAGGGUAUUGCAAGUAAUCGGUUCUUAGCUAUGGACAAGUACGGCGCCAUCUACUCCACGAAAACAAAGGGAAAAGAGACUUUGUUCUUUGAAAAGCUGGUAACAGGAAGCGGUGGUUACUCAACAUUUGCAUCGUACAAGUUCUAUCAACAAACGUUUUACGAUACGUUGGUAGCCGUGAACCGAAAUGGUAGGAUGCGAGUUUCUACCAACAGGAGUAAAAACGGAGUCCAAUUCUCGGUUCUACGUCCUUCUAGUUUGGGAUGUUAAACGUUGACAUUUUCCUCAUAGUUGUUGACAAUAAAGUUCAUCAAGGGAAAUUGUA